AUGAAGAAGAAGAAGCUGACCGAAGCCAAAGCAUCCAUAGAAAUAAACACAAGGCUAGAAGAUGUCCCUGCAACAAACACCAAGGCGGCAGCUACCCCAGCUACCGAAGCAGCAACCCCAGCUACCGAAGCAGCAACCCCAGCUACCGAAUCAGCAACCGUAGCAGCAACACCGGUGGCAACCCCGGCGGCAGCAAUCCCCAAAGCAGAGAAAGAAGCAGAGGAACUACCCGCAGCGAAGAAGGAGACAAUGAAAAAACUAACCGCAGCCCUUAAGGAGGUCCCAGACUACAUUAUCAAAGAUGGGAAAAGAUCUUGGAAAAAUUCACCCAGUAACGUCAUCGAUGCUGCCUGCAAAGGCGGGGCCAACAACGUUGUCUACUGGGGUCUGCGACGGCUCGAAGAGACAGAUAGGCAUGCUUGGCGAGAGGCGUUGAACCGGGCUGUUCUUACGUGUGCGGCACGGGGUGAUACCCGUCUCCUGUCGUGGCUUGUAUCUCAAGGCGGAGAUAUAGGCGUAAGCAAUGUCACUGAGGAAGAAGACACGGCUCUACACUUGGCGGCUGGGAGCGGCCACACGGAGACGGUGAAAUGGCUUCUCUCCCAGGGCGUGGAAGCCUGGGUGAUGAACAAGAACGCGCGGACCCCCCAAGAGUGCGCAGGAGAGAAUGGUAGGACCGGGUGCUUUCAGGUGCUUAAUAAACUUAGACCUGGCCAGAGAAUCGUCGUUGAGCGAGGCGUCAUGUGGUAUGACUAUCUAGGAAAUGAUCCCGCUGAUAGACUUGGCGCCUACGAUAGACCGCGCCCUGGAGGGGGUGCGGAUCCAUAUCCAAUGCGCGCGCAUCCUUGGGUUACGCCUGGCCGGACUGGCAGAUACUAG